GGAUGCUGGUAAUAAUUGUAAAGGCCAAAAUGCUACGGGUAGGGGAGAUCGAAGAGCGGAGAAAGGAAAGGGCCCAAUGAAAGAUGAAGAGAAAAAAACUGGUAAAGUCAAUUUGAGUGCAAUUCACAUCUAUGAUAACGAAGGCGAAUCAUCAGAUACUUCACAAGAUCAAACAAUAGAAUGUUAUUGUGGGACGAGAAUGAAUGUGAGAAGUGUAAACUUAAAAUUAAAUACAAGAAAUAAGUCCAUUUUAUAUGUUAAAAAAGCCCCAAUGUUUACUGUGAAAGGAGGAAAAGUAAAAAUUUACCAUGCAAUAUGGCCUGAAAUGGAAAGAUGUGUGGCGAUUAAAUUUAUAAUUAAAUCUAAUUCUGACACGAUGGAUGCUGCAAAAAAAGAAAUUGAUGUUUUUGAACAUUUUUAUAAAGUGCAUAGAAAUGGAAAAUUUCGUAUUAUAGACUAUUUUGGACAGUAA